AUGUCGUACAACUACGUGGUUACAGCUCAAAAACCCACGGCGGUCAACGCCUGUAUCACAGGACACUUCACCUCUGCAGAGGACCUCAAUUUGCUCAUAGCAAAAAACACAAGGUUGGAGAUCUAUGUUGUCACAGCUGAAGGACUCCGACCCGUCAAGGAAGUGGGCAUGUAUGGAAAGAUUGCUGUCAUGGAGCUCUUUAGGCCCAAGGGUGAGAACAAGGAUCUGCUGUUUAUACUCACCUCGAAAUACAAUGCUUGCAUUCUUGAAUACAAACAAAAUGGAGAAAGCAUUGACAUCAUCACUCGUGCCCAUGGAAAUGUCCAGGAUCGAAUUGGGCGGCCCUCAGAGACUGGUAUUAUUGGAAUCGUUGAUCCAGAAUGCCGUAUGAUUGGCCUACGGCUAUAUGAUGGGUUGUUUAAGGUGAUCCCUCUGGAUCGAGACAAUCGAGAGCUUAAGGCAUUUAACAUUAGACUGGAGGAACUUCAAGUUAUUGAUGUUCACUUCCUGUAUGGCUGCCAGGCCCCUACUGUGUGCCUCAUCUAUCAGGAUCCCCAGGGGCGCCAUGUGAAGACCUAUGAGGUUUCUCUGAGAGAGAAGGAGUUCAACAAGGGCCCGUGGAAACAGGAGAAUGUUGAGGCUGAAGCAUCUAUGGUCAUACCAGUGCCAGAGCCUUUUGGUGGUGCUAUAAUCAUUGGACAAGAAUCAAUUUCUUACCACAAUGGAGACAAAUAUUUGGCCAUUGCACCACCCACAAUCAAGCAAAGCACUAUUGUCUGUCACAACCGUGUGGACCCCAAUGGAUCACGCUACCUGCUGGGAGACAUGGAAGGGCGCCUCUUCAUGUUGCUGCUGGAGAAAGAGGAGCUAAUGGAUGGAACAGUUACCCUCAAAGACUUGCAUGUGGAGCUGUUGGGAGAGACAUCCAUUGCGGAGUGUUUGACAUACUUGGAUAAUGGUGUGGUCUUUGUGGGCUCUAGACUUGGUGAUUCCCAGCUGGUCAAGCUGAAUGUGGACAGCAAUGACCAGGGCUCAUAUGUGGCUGUCAUGGAGACGUUUACUAACCUGGGGCCGAUUGUUGAUAUGUGUGUCGUAGACCUGGAGAGGCAAGGCCAAGGCCAGCUGGUUACAUGUUCUGGUGCAUUCAAGGAAGGCUCUCUUCGAAUCAUCCGCAAUGGCAUUGGGAUUCAUGAGCAUGCCAGUAUUGACCUACCAGGAAUCAAAGGUUUGUGGCCGCUCCGCUCAGAGGCAGGAAGAGAGACGGAUGACAUGCUGGUGCUGUCGUUCGUAGGUCAAACACGUGUGCUGAUGCUGAGUGGUGAGGAGGUUGAGGAGACAGAACUUCCAGGCUUUGUUGACAACCAGCAGACGUUUUACUGUGGCAACGUUGCACACCAGCAGCUCAUUCAGAUCACGUCCGGUUCUGUUCGCUUGGUGCUUCAGGACAGCAAGGCUUUAGUGAGCGAAUGGAAGGAGCCACAAGGCAGGAACAUCAGUGUGGCUGCUUGCAACCACACUCAGGUGGUGCUUGCUGUAGGCCGUGCACUUUACUAUCUCAAGAUUCUGGCUGGAGAGCUCAAACAGAUUAGUAACACAGAUAUGGAACAUGAAGUGGCCUGCCUUGACAUCACCCCACUAGGUGACGGUGUUGGUGAAUCACCACUCUGUGCUGUGGGACUUUGGACUGACAUCUCAGCCCGUGUGCUGAAACUGCCCUGUUUCACUGCCCUUCACAAGGAAAUGUUGGGUGGAGAGAUAAUCCCUCGCUCCAUCCUAAUGACCACUUUUGAAGGCAGCUACUACCUGCUGUGCGCCCUCGGAGAUGGUGCUCUCUUCUACUUUGGUCUGGACCUGCAGACGGGUACCCUAAGUGAGCGCAAGAAGGUCACCCUGGGCACUCAGCCCACGGUGCUGCGGACCUUUCGAUCCCUAUCCACCUCCAAUGUCUUUGCCUGCUCUGACCGACCCACUGUCAUUUAUUCUUCCAACCACAAGCUGGUGUUUUCUAACGUCAACCUCAAGGAGGUCAACUAUAUGUGUCCACUCAACUCAGAAGGCUAUCCUGACAGUCUUGCUCUGGCUAACAACAGCACUCUGACCAUUGGCACCAUUGACGAGAUUCAGAAACUACACAUCCGUACUGUUCCUCUAUAUGAAUCCCCAAGGCGGAUCUGCUACCAAGAAAUAUCACAGUGUUUUGGGGUUCUAUCCAGCCGGGUGGAGAUUCAGGACGUAAGCGGUACCACUUCUGCUGUGCGACCCAGUGCAAGCACCCAGGCUCUCUCCAGCAGUGUGAGCUCUAGUAAGCUCUUUCCCAGUAGCACUUCUCCCCAUGAGACAUCUUUUGGCGACGAGGUAGAGGUUCACAGUCUGCUAGUCGUGGAUCAGCACACCUUUGAAGUGCUUCAUGCCCAUCAGUUCCUUCCAAGUGAAUAUGCCCUCAGCAUGGUGUCCUGCCGACUAGGAAAAGACCCAUCAGUGUAUUUCAUUGUCGGCACUGCCAUGGUCUACCCAGAGGAGGCUGAGCCCAAGCAGGGGCGUAUAAUUGUCUUCCAUUACACUGACGGAAAGCUACAAACUGUAGCAGAAAAGGAAGUGAAAGGAGCUGUCUACUCAAUGGUUGAGUUCAAUGGCAAACUCUUGGCCAGUAUCAAUAGCACGGUCCGUCUGUAUGAGUGGACGGCCGAGAAAGAGCUUCGGACUGAGUGCAACCACUACAACAAUAUCAUGGCCCUGUACCUGAAGACCAAAGGAGAUUUUAUCUUAGUGGGAGACCUGAUGAGGUCUGUUUUGUUGCUGGCCUACAAACCCAUGGAGGGCAACUUUGAAGAGAUUGCUCGGGACUUCAAUCCCAACUGGAUGAGUGCAGUGGAAAUCCUGGACGAUGACAACUUCCUUGGAGCGGAGAACGCAUUUAAUUUGUUCGUCUGCCAAAAGGACAGUGCGGCCACCACAGACGAGGAGAGGCAGCACCUACAGGAAGUGGGACUCUUCCACCUCGGAGAAUUUGUUAAUGUCUUCUGCCACGGGUCGCUGGUAUUGCAGAACUUGGGAGAAAGUUCCACACCCACCCAAGGAUCUGUUCUCUUUGGCACAGUCAAUGGCAUGAUUGGACUGGUGACCUCACUGUCUGAGGUUUGGUACAGCCUUCUCUCGGACCUUCAGACCCGCCUCAACAAAGUCAUCAAGAGUGUGGGCAAGAUAGAACACAGCUUCUGGAGGUCCUUCCACACGGAGCGAAAGACUGAUCAGGCCACAGGAUUUAUUGACGGCGAUCUGAUUGAGAGUUUCCUGGAUCUAGGUAGAGCCAAGAUGCAGGAGGUUGUCAGUACGCUACAGAUCGAUGACGGCAGCGGCAUGAAGCGUGAAGCCACAGUGGACGAGGUCAUUAAGAUUGUGGAGGAACUGACAAGGAUCCACUAG